AUGGAUCACCCUACUUCUCUUUCUUUCUCCAGCAGGCCGGCUAGUCAAGAGGCACCGCCGGCUAUCCGAACAGCCAGACAACGAUGUACUCCCGUUAACCCGACUGGUCUCCUUACAACACAGUUCAUACAGAUUCUUCGCAACGCAGCUGUCAUUGCCAUUCCCACCCUCAACCUUCUCGGCCUGUACAUCAUCUGCCUGUGGGACUGCUACGUUAUGAAAUCAGCCGAGCAGAUCCAUCUGGAUGAAGAACAGCAGAAACUUCGAGAAGCAAAUGAGUGGCUAGAAGUCGAGAACGAUUCUCUCGUGCAGCGCUGCAAUGAACAAUUAUUGAUGCUGUGGGGCCGAGAACACCUUUCUCGUCAGCAGGUCCCAAGGCUCGGAGUAGCUUGGGAUCAAGCGCAGGAGACGUUCUGGGUACUUACGCAUGGUUUUCGUUUCCUGCGACUAUGGGCUCUUAACGUCUCGGCCAAUGUUGAUGGGUGGAUAAGCAUGAACAUGGACGGUCCGGUCCAGGAGGAUUCUGACUUCGAUCUCGACACCCGGGUGAUGAUCGAGAUGUUUCCGAAGUUGAUCAUGUGA